AUGAGGGGGCGCUGCUCGCGGAAACUGGGUGUGCUGGCCAAGGCGUUCUUCCUGCUCUGGCUACUGUGGCUGGGCUACCUCCUCUUGGCACGCUCCUCUUUUCCGUCCUCUUCCUCCACAGGGGAGGAUGAAGGGGAACGCAGUCUGCUGGCACGACAGUUCUCUGUGGAGGAGAAUGGGAUUGAGGGGCAGCUGGCCAGGCCCCUGUACAUUAAGCCCCCAGCAGACAACAAUGCAGCGGGUGAGUGGGGCCGGGCCGCACGCCUCAACCUUAGCCCGGAUGAACGGAAACAGGAGCAGGACAGUGUGGAGCGCUAUGCCAUCAACAUUUUCGUUAGUGACAAGAUCUCCCUCCACCGUCACAUCAUGGAUCACAGGAUGAACGAAUGCCGAGCCAAGAAGUAUGACUACCGACGCUUGCCCACCACCUCAGUGAUCAUUGCCUUCUACAAUGAGGCCUGGUCCACCCUGCUGAGGACUAUUCACAGUGUGCUGGAGACCACGCCUGCCAUCCUGCUGAAAGAGAUCAUCCUCAUUGAUGAUGACAGCGACCGAGGCUACCUGAAAUCCCAGCUGGCAGAAUACAUCAGCAACCUGGAGCGUGUGCGUCUCGUCCGCACCAAUAAGAGGGAGGGGCUGGUCCGUGCACGUCUCAUUGGUGCCACCUAUGCUACGGGUGACGUACUGACGUUCCUUGAUUGCCACUGCGAGUGCGUCCCUGGCUGGAUCGAGCCUCUUCUGGAAAGGAUCGGUGAGAAUGCAAGUACCAUCGUGUGCCCCGUCAUCGACACCAUUGACUGGAACACCUUUGAGUUUUACAUGCAGACAGAUGAGCCGAUGAUUGGAGGCUUUGACUGGAGACUCACCUUCCAGUGGCACUCUGUCCCUGAAGUGGAACGCAAGAGGCGAAAGUCCCGCAUCGACCCCAUCAGGUCUCCUACUAUGGCUGGUGGCUUAUUUGCUGUGAGCAAGGCUUACUUUGAGUACUUGGGCACAUAUGACAUGGGCAUGGAGGUGUGGGGAGGAGAGAACCUGGAGCUCUCCUUCAGGGUGUGGCAGUGUGGGGGCAGCCUGGAGAUCCAUCCCUGCUCCCAUGUGGGCCAUGUUUUCCCAAAAAAGGCUCCUUAUGCGCGGCCCAACUUCCUCCAGAAUACAGUGCGAGCUGCUGAGGUUUGGAUGGACUCCUAUAAACACCACUUCUACAACAGGAACCCUCCUGCCAGAAAGGAGACAUAUGGGGAUAUCUCAGAGAGGGUGCUGCUGAGGGAGAGGCUGAAGUGUAAGAGUUUUGACUGGUAUCUGAAGAAUAUCUACCCUGACCUGCAUGUCCCUGACGACCGGGAGGGCUGGCAUGGGGCAGUGCGUAGCUCAGGGAUCCAGUCAGAGUGUCUGGACUACAAUGCUCCAGAGCACAGUCCCACCGGGGCCCAUCUCUCUCUGUUUGGCUGCCAUGGCCAGGGGGGCAACCAGUACUUUGAAUACACAUCUCAGAAGGAGAUCCGUUUCAACUCGGUGACAGAGCUGUGUGCUGAAGUGCCCGAGGGUCAGAACUAUAUUGGGAUGAGGCACUGUCCUCGGGACCAAGACCCCAGGCCCCCUAAUAUCAUCUGGGAGUUCAGAGAGGAUGGGACCAUUUACCACCCGCACUCCGACCUGUGUGUCACAGCCUACCGCACAUCAGAGGGUCGCACUGACACCCAGAUGAAGCGGUGCACACCAGGAGACACACACCAGCGGUGGAAGUUUGAGUGGUAGAAUGAAGAAGUAUGGAAGUAGGAGGAAACCUCAAGUGACCUUCUUUGACCUUAGUGCAAUUAUUUUGGUGGAUAUCUUUUCCACGGCUCCAAAUUCUCUAGCCCUCUGAAUCUGCACUCCAUUUAAAUGGGACUGACUAGUAAAUGAAAGGUGGUGGAAAGUCACUUUAGGCCAGUGAUUCAAAGUUCAGCGCUUUUAUACCCUUGGGAACAUCUGACUAAAUGCAGAUUGCGGCAGAGUGGAUGAGAAUUGCAAAGCAGGGUUUAUUUGGUCUUUUGAAGCGGACCGGCUGAACUUAAAAACUCACGGUUCACCGAUGAACCACAUGUUUGCAUGCAUGUGCCUCUGCAACCAAAAUGGAGUCCAGCACAUACCUGAAGUGUCAAUAUUUAUGCCCAGUUUUAUGUUUUUUUUUUUUUUUAUCUUUUAAAUUUAUUUGUUUAAUGUAAGGACUUGAAAGCAGUGAGAAUGAAUUAACUGCCCAGCACAUGAAGAAGUGCCUGUUGAAGACUUUCCUUGAAGACUUCUUUGAGAAAAUCAUAUUGCACUACAGAAUGUUAAUCUAGUGUGUAAUGCUUUUUUUUUUUCUUGAUAACUCGGGAAGUUGAAAUUAAAUUGUGAUGUUUGCUGAAUUUGUUGAGAGUUAAAGUUAACAAGUUUUGGGAGGGUUUGCUCCAAGAUGAUGUAACCAGUUACGUUUUCCCCCCAUCUAGUUAGAAACUAACAUGCUCUGUCUUGUGAGAGGAAUACAUGAAGAGAGCACAACAGUCAUGCUAGUCUGCUUUUCAAUUCCAACUCUUGUCUUUGGAUUUGGAACCAGUUUCAUGGUAGGAUGCUGCCUGAACAAGACUUGAAAAAUUUAUUUACAAUUUUUACCAAGUGCAAUUUGCCCCAGAGGGCUUAGUGAGAUGACAGGAAUAUUGUUGUGUAUCCUUCCCUGUUUUGUAAAAUUAAGAACACCCUCUCAGCUCAACCAUCACUGUGCCUUUGAAAGACAGUCCUAACAGUAGCUGUAUGUGCCGAAAUUAUCUGUGCCAGUUGAAGUCAGACAUAUUGAAAACAUUUUUUGAAUGCUCUUCAUAUUGCUUUAAAACCUAUAACAAUGUCAAGGAAUGAGGUAAAUCACCUCCAGGUUUCAACAGUACUGGGACUGGUAAGCCGUAGCACGCAUUGCAGUUGACAUAUGCAAUAACCUGUAAGUCAUAAAUCUCUUAAACACUGUCUUGAUACAGUUCAUUUUAAUUAGCCUCACAAAAAGCCUUAAGCACUUGCCUUUUUACAUCCAUUCCUUACACUUGGCCAUGCCAGACCGUUUUGCGAGAGAUACCUGUUUUAGUACUUGAAAGAACAGCACCAACACAUUUCUUUUUUCCACAGAAGAACACAUUGGUGUUUCUGCUUGGGUUUGAGGACCAAAAGCUGUAACUGUUGAUGAAAUGUUUGUUGAAUAGCAGCUAUAAUGCCAAGGACUGUCACAUUACACCUUUGUCUGUGGUCCUUUGCAUCUAUGAAUAUGACAUAUUCAUAUUAGUCAAAGGGUAGCUGAUCAUUUAAAAUGACUUAUGUUUUGUGUUUUGUAAAUAAUGUCUGAUUUAAAGGGACCUGAGAGGGACAGUGCAAACUUUGAACAUCUCUGACACUACUGAUAAAGCAUAAGGGAUGAUGUUUGCUUGAUUUGAGGAACAGGGUAACUGAAAUGGGAUGGAUGUUUUGUAACUGUUUCAAAUAAGAUACAAAAAUGACAGAAUGAUUGAAAGAUUAAAAAACUAACCACAUGUAUGUGUCACCAUCUUUUUGCUGUCUCAGCUCUAUGCAGUAUUUAUUGGGGAAGGAAAGUGAAGAUGGCAUUUGUUCUGUAGACCCAUAUUAUUUAGUGAAUAUGUCAAAAAAUGAAGUGACAUGCAGAUUAUAAGAUCAUGAAUUAAGAGAGAGCUUGCUUGUUGUGUUAAGUGUCAUGCGGUCAAAAUUGUGGCAAAAACCCGACUGUUAUAUUUUGAGUGACAUGAAACAAAUGUGUGAAUAUCGUUUGAUGCUUACUAUUUACUGAGGCCACCUUCUCUUUGAUUCACCCCCCUGAUUCUGCAAUGGCUCACAGAUUUCCCAGUCAUUUAGCACCACCAACUGGUAGGAAAACAAACCACCCCAGUACCCACACAGCUCCCUAGCUCUGUGAAGUGGUGACACACAGCUUCAAAUGUUUAAUGACAGUUUGGGUAAACGACAGAGGCAGAUGUGAGAUCAG